AUGGACCCGAAACACACAGAUCAUUUGGAGGAAGGAGAUGACGAAGCUGAGAUGCCGCUGCACUCGAAACGAGCCUUCGGUGCAGGCUUGCAUCGGAGACCAAUCGCUUUCGUGCCUGCCAAGGCCGGCGGGCUGGCCACGACGAGGGAGCCGGCAGCGCCAGCGAGGUCUAUAGCGGAUUUCUACCUCGAGAUGGUCUUGCCCAAGGAUGGAAACUCGGGCUCAUCGACUCCAGAUGCCGCACCGGUCCUGGUCUGUGAGGUAUGCCAAUUGCCAAUGGAGGAAGAGGAUCCCACGGAAAGCCAACCUGGGAAACCAAGUGUUAGGCGGCAUGAAGCCUCUCUUGCUCACCAAGUAUGUAUCACUCAUUCUCAUCCACCCUCGGCGUUGGAUCGCUCCCGCAUGGGUCUAUCGGUGUUGCAAUCGCAAGGCUGGGAUCCGGACUCGAGGAAAGGACUUGGGGCUGUAGAGCAAGGCAUACAAUACCCAAUCAAGGCAAAGGAGAAGCGGGAUAACCUUGGUAUCGGCGUCAAGGUGCCCAAGAAUCUCGAGACGUAUAAAAAGGAGAAACCGCAGAAGCUGGACGCGGGCAAGGUCCGCAAAAUGGCUGCCGAGGAUAAGAAGCGAAGAGAUCGGCUUCAACGGCAGUUCUAUGGAAACGGAGAGCUCGAGAAAUACCUGGGCAGUGGAUAA